CUUCUCUAGGUCUGUAAGCGCAUGGACAUGAUCUGCCAGCGUGUCCUGAAUCAGGGCUUCCUGAAGGUGGAGCGGUACCACAGUCUGUGCCAGAGACAAGUCAAAGCCCAGCUGCCCAGGUUACAAAUGGACAAAGACAAAGGCUGACUGCACCUAAAUAAGCUUGGCUCUGAGCUUCCAACACGUCUGCACUCCCCCUGUAGUGAAAGCAGAACGUCAGCAGCAAACCAGCAGAAGCAGCUUCAGUCUUCUCCACACUGAAUGGGAUGCUGCUGUGCACUCACAGUGUAGACUGUAAGCUCUUAUAGUACUAACACAACAGUAAGAAGAAGAUUGGCAUGAAGCCUGAAAGAAUCCUUUGAGUCGCAGAUGUGAAGCCAUGUGAAGGAAAAGCUGAUCUGUGGUCAGUGGUCAUCAGAAACACGAGGCAAAGAAUGGAGCUCUGGGCAAACCUUUAUGAACAUUUGAAUUCUGACUCAAUUAUAAUUUUUUUUAAAGGUUUUUUAAUAUCACUCCUAAUGACUAGUCUAUGAAAACUGUUAACAAACACAGGCUGGAUCAAAUGUUGACUUCUAGUAUUUUGAAUUGUGCACAGUGGUGGUGAAGAUGUUUAGGGUGACCCACCUAAUUCAGACUAAUGUGUUGUGAAUUACAAUAAGACAAGACAGGCUUUAUUGAUCCACACCGAAGAAAUUCACUUGUUACAGCAGCUCACAUAAACAAGGUGGAUCAGAAAUAUACUCCUGGAUAAAUAAAUGUUGGUGUCCUGGUGGCUCAGCUGAUGAGUGCCUUGAUGAGUGCACUCUAUCAAGGCUGAGUCCUUCCUGCAGUGACCCGGUUCUGACUCCGGUCUGUGGUCCUUUGCUGUGUGUCGUUCCCCCUCUCCCUGCUUUCCUGUCUGUCUUCAGCUGUCUGUCUGUCUUCAGCUGUCCGCUUUCACAAGUUGAAAGCCGUCCAGAGUUACUAGCGAGUCCUCUGAGUUAAUUCAGCCACGUGUGAUGCUACACUCCUGGUUAGCUGUUAGCGCCUCCAUCUUAUUGAGCUCUACAUCCCUGUUUCCUUCUCCUCUCUUCAGCAAGGGUUCCACAGAAAGUAUGCCAGCACUGCCUAGUGCUAAGUGCUGUUCUCAAGUUGUGAACAAGAGAGCCAUCACCCAAUGUAUUAUGAAGUAGUAUGUAUAACAGAAAAACAGCAAAUCACUCAUCUUCGUAGUUCAGUCCAUGUUUGCACACAGACAGAUGGAGCUUGGUGUCAAAACCCCUGGAAAAAGUACUAAAAAUACUAAAAACAGUGUUCAGAGCUACUGUACCUGGCUGCCAACCAACCACAUGGUGCCAUGGCAACUAAAGCUCACAGAAAGCAUGGCGAGAGUCAGAGAGGAGAAACCAUUCACUGGCCCGUCACGCUGACAUCCUGGCUGCCGUGGAGACGCGUCUCUCUCUGCUCAACAUGACCUUCAUGAAAUACGUCGACUCAAACCUCUGCUGCUUCAUCCCUGGAAAGGUGAUAGAUGAGAUUUACCGCGUGCUGCGCUACGUGAACUCGACUCGAGCUCCCCAGCGAGCUCACGAGGUUCUGCAGGAGCUCAGGGAUAUCUCCUCCAUGGCCAUGGAGUACUUUGAUGAGAAGAUUGUCCCCAUCCUGAAGAAGAAGCUGCCAGGGGCCGACCUGUCCGGCCGCCUUAUUGGGUCUGCACCAGUGGCAGGUCCAUCUACCUCCCUGACCACCAUGUCCCUGCUGGCCAAGAACACACCAUCGCGCUCUGAGAUGACCAAGGUGCAGCAACAGGUGAAGGUGAACGGGGCGUCGAUGACGGUACUGAGGAGGGAGAUGCAGGAAAUCCGCGUCAAGCAGCUGGAGCAGCAGAAGCAACUGCAGGACCAGGAGCAGAAGCUGCUGGAACAGACGCAGGUGAUCGCCGAGCAGAACGCCCGCCUGGCUGAGCUGGAGCACAAGCUCCGCGAACUGAUGGACAGCAGCGCCGCUGCUAUGGGAGGACCCAGGCCAGGCACAGCUGUCCCCUCCACGUCCAGCAGCACUACUGUGUCUUCCACCGCUGCCGCCAGCACGUCUGGUACUGUGUUGGGAAGCGGCAGCGUGGCCGUCGCCGCCUCUCUGCCCAGAGAGCAGGACGGCGAGGGAGGGUCAUCACUCAAACGCACCAGAAAGAGCUCAGACCUGCCACGACAGUCCAAACGGCUGCGCAGCAAGAAAUAAGAGACUCAGUGUGUCAUAUAGUUGAAGUUUUGUUUUUUUUGGUCUCUGAUCCGACUGAUCACACCUUAUCUCCCCCCUCCCUCCCCACAUUACUCAUCACCUGUACUGUCUGAGAUGAGUCAAGAGUAUCCCUGUAUGCUUUGCUUUACCAGUGUUCUCUAUCUACUCUGUACGUCGACAAGAAGAAAAAUAACAUCACCAGACUUCUCCUUACAAAGCUUCUGAGCCACUUAACUAAAUCAGAAUAUAGGCAGGUGGUCGGCCAUUUGCAGCCAUGAAGACUAUUUAUUGAGGGUUACAUUAAAAUGGCUGUACAGCUUUUUAAUGUCCACACUUUUCUAAGAGGCUCGUAUGUCAGUCGAUUAGGAUAAUAGAAGUCAUGUUGAUGCAGUUCCUGUUUGUGAAAUCAGAUCUACUCAGAGAUUUUAUUUCAGAAAAACAUGCGUCAUGACAGGCCUUAAAUUACAGCAUGUUAUCAGUAAUCAGCGAUCUCCUUCCAGAGAUCUCCACUUUCCACACAGGCCAGAAUCCACAAGCGUUCAUUUCAUUCACAGUAGCUUCUUCCUAACUUCGGCCAAGUGCAAUAAAAUGAUCUACAAAGUAAUAAGUAAUUUAUAUUCCUUGCCAGAAGCCUGGUUGGUCUAUCCAAAAUUGCUGCUCAGGUCAGUUCAGUCUAAUCAGUUCUUGAAUCACCAUUAAAAACAAGGCAGCAGUGUUCAGGGAGUGUUAGUCAGACAUCACCUGCUGACUCUUGCCUUCCCUGCCUGGGAGAGGAUGCAGUGUGGAGCUACACAGACUUUUCUUUCCACUGUGCCUCAGCAACCACUGACAGAUAUCAUUGUUCUCUGAUUCUUAGAAAUGCAGCAGUGAUAAGUGUGUGUGUGUGUGUACCUUUUUAAGCUCUGGUGUUCCUGAAAGCACCGGCUGUGAAUGCUUACUUGAUAAGUUAGCGUAUGUACUACGUUAGGGAGGACAAACAGACAAUGUAACUUCUCUGCAAUGUUAAAACUGUGGAUCAUACAGUGUUUCUACAUAUUACAGCCUAUUUACUACAGGAACACUACACGAGUGUCUGUUUCCAGUUUCAUAAAAUAAACUCGAGGACAGAGCUUUCAGUUUGGUCUAUUUCCAUGGACAGACAAGAGUACUGUCAGCUGUGGUUUGAAGUUUUCUAGAGACAGAGAGCAAGAUCAUCAUGUAAAGUGUUGACAUGAUAUCAGACUGCUCCAACACACGCCUGCUUUCUCAGACAUUUGGUGGCUAUUAGUUUUAAAUGGGUAGAAAUGGAGAAACUCACUUGUAUGGUCAACGUAGGGGUGAUCUGAUAUAAAACGUGACCUGUAUGUUAUAACAUUCAGUGGUCUGCCCACGUAAAUCACACAUUGUCUCACUUCAUCUCUUGUGCCAUGCAAAUAGUUUUGUUCUCGUUCAGAGAGGAUUCUCUGAGACUUCUGCCUCCACUUCAAAUCAAGUGAAUUGACUUUGGCCUAGCUGCAUGGACAGAUGGCACCAGAGGGAAGUAAGAUAAUACGCUGCCAUGUUUUUUUUCAGUGUUCAAACAUCAACUUUAAAAUGGAAGUUUAUCGUCCAUGCACCAGAACUGUUCUGGUUUGCUGUGACAGUUUCUCCAGCAGUUGUUGAAAAUGGUUGUCUCAGCUCCUCCACGUGCAGCGGUACUCUUCCCCCUCCUGUACAAACUCAUCUCUCGCCUUGUUAGGCUAGGUUAGCUGUGAGCCCAUAUUGUGGCAGCACUUUUUUGUUUUGUUCGUUUGAAACUUUUCUGUUGUUUUGGAUGACCUGAACCACUCAUGGCAUGAACAUUUGGUAAAGAAACUUUGGAAAAUGCAGUUCACGUCUUUGUGAACACUAGCGUGUAUUAUGACACUGGGCAGAAAAACUCAAGAUGUAAUCUAGUGGCUUAAUUUGAGACUGCGUCUCAGUUUAGAGAAAUUUACUGUAAUCUUCAUGUACUUAAAGUUGUAGAUUGUGAAUUAUUUCAUGUAUGUAUACCAAGAAAACUAUCUUUUGAGUUGGCCAACUUGGGGCUGACUGUACGGUUUUGUUGCACACAUUACUGUUACAAAUGUACAAAUCAAACCUAUUAAAGUUCAACUUAACUUAUCCA